AUGCAGGUGAUUGUGGAGGAUAACGCUGGUGCGCCGGCCAGCGAGGCCUCGAACGCAACGCAAGAAUCGACCAAGGAGCCACACGAUCACGCACAAGAAAAAAAGCCAAACCAGCAGCAGCAGGAGCAACCACAGGAGAACAUCGACGACUGGGAAUCUGCAUCGGAAGCUGCGCCUGAGCCAUUAAGAGCGGAAUCCAAGCAAGGAACGCCAAAACCUGUUAGAACGUGUGCACUGAGAGAUUCCGAACAGGAGUGGGCCGUAUACCCGGAGUCCAACUAUUCCUUCGAAUAUGACAGCGCGCUUGGCAGGAAGUGGAGCGCAGGCGUUGCCGAAGAGCUUCUUUUGAAGCGGCAAGAAGCGUAUAUGCGUGAAGGCACGCGCCGGUCGGUCGCAGCCCUUUUCUUGGUGCAUCGCGCGGAGUAUCCGCAUGUCUUGCUACUUCUGGAUCAGAAGCAGCAGAAGCACAGCCUUGUGACUUUCAAGUACAAGACAUGGCAGAAGCCGAGGGAGGUGCUGUACGACAAGCUCCAAAAGCACUUAAUCAAGCUUGAGCAGGGUUCAAAGAGGAAAUGGGUGGCCCAGCAGGCCUCAGCAGAGGGCGCUGAGAUGGAAGUUGGCGAGUUUCUUGGCGAAUGGUGGCGUGGGGAGUUCGAUGACGAAUUAGUGCCAUACCUUCCUCCACAUGUUACCCGCCCUAAGGAGAGGGUCAGGGUUCACCAGGUGCAGCUACCGUAUCGGUGUUCGUUUCGCGUUCCGAUGGGCUUCUGCCUAACCGCUAUUCCCAUCUUCGAGCUUACUCCUCAUCGCGUGGGCACAGCAAUCGGCGGGCUUUCCCACAUUCUGGCACGUUUUAGCAUCCGCCUUAGGGUCCCUACCGCGGACAAGUACGAGGCCGCUUCCUUUCUUGAGAAUAAAAUCGAGCCAGAUGCGGAAGGUGCUUGGACCGGCACCGAUAUAGCCGAGGCAGCGGAUCGGUCCGAAGCAGCGGUUGCAGCUGGUGAAACGAAUCAGGCACCUGAGGCAGUUGAAGACCUCGAAGUGCUGCCUCCAGAGCUGCAGCAUCUUGCCGAACUUGAAGAAGCUUUAUAA